AAAGGUCAACACAGUGGCAUAAUCGUAAAAUCCAGCAACUUAGUCCCUCUCUUAUUCCUAGCGAUCAGCGCGUCGAAUCCGCAGUCCAGUGAGGUUCCGGAGAAGCAUCAGAUCCGAGCGGCGAAGCUUCUGAGCUUGGGAAGCCGUCAAAUGGUUGGAGUCAAGGAGAGAUUCAUCGGAGGUGGUUGCCGAGAGGGAAUGUGGUGCGCUUGACUAUGAUAUGAGGAGAAUUUUGUUGAUGGUUUCUACGACGUUUACAGCCUUAUCCACAGACUCAGGGAAGCAGGGAGAUAUCCCAAUGCCAUCACUCUGAAGAUUUUGAAAGCAAUCAUGGAGCUCUGUAGUUGUGAAUCGACCCCAUUGAUACUUCCCUAGAUGAGUUGCUACAAAUUGCACAAUGCAUUGCACUGGAUUGGAUUUGUCCUUCCAGCUGUGUUGACGUGCUGGUACAGAGGCUGGUUGAACUUGUCACAGGGCAUAUGGGUGGGAUGUUCGGAAGAUUCCAGUAUAGUAUUGACAAGGUGGACUGAGAAAAUCACUGCGUUCAAGGCAGCACUGAACACUUGCGUUGAUUUGUAUUGGUCUCUCCAUGCAUCGUUGCUCUGCUUUUCAAGAGGUCCGAAUCUGCGGCCGUCCUUUGCUCAGCUGACGACCGUAAGUGUUGAAGCCUUUGAACCAGCUCCUGCUUCCUUCACCACGAUAGUUUUCAACUUUAGUGAUUCUGGGAGGAAAAUGAUGUCUUGAGAGACUUGGAGGGGUAGAGAGGGUAAAUAGAUACUCUUGAAGGAGAGAGAGUGUACGUGGAGUGCAAGAGACAGUGAGUGAUUAGGGUCCACAAAUUAGCGCGAAUUCCACGGGGAUGAAAGAAGAAACCCACCGAACUCGAAGGAUGCAACAACAAUGUCACUCUCUCUUUCUCUUAUUUUUUUGUCUACUCAUUCCUACAGUCUCUCUCUCUCUCUCUUCCUCCCAGUUUCAUGUUUCUAUUUCAGUUUCUGGUGAUCCCAUCGUUUUUUUUUGUUCUGUGUGGUGACCUUUAUUCCUCUGAACGUCUUUAUAUUGGGGUAAUAUAUCGGUGAUUUGAUUUUUGGUCUUGUCUGAAACUGUAAUCGGAUUGUCUGAAUCCCUCUCCGGUGUGUCUGUUUGUCUCGGAAU